AUGUACGAGAUGCGUGAGGCGGGUAUUCACAAAGUUCUUCUCUACCGCUCGAAGGAAUUCGACAGCUUUUGUAGAGGCUAUUCCAGAACAGCGGAAAUCUCACUAGUUUCAGAGACCUCGUGGAAUAAUGCAUCCAAUGAGUGGGCUUCCGUCGCUGAGGAGGAAAUUUUCAAACAGGGCGCCGCAGAGUCACUUUCUGCCGACAAUCUAGGCAUUAGACUUAGCGAUGGACUGGUGUACGAAGGUGAGACCGAUAAGUCUGCAUUCAUCACUCUUUUGCCUAAGGAGGACAGCACUUUGUUUGUUGCUUCUAUUAUACCUGUGUACAAAGGUGACUUCUUAGGCAUAUUUGCUGGCGCAAUUCGUUUCUCGGAGGAGUUCAGUAUAGCCCAUAGCAUUCCUGGACCCACCGGGAGACUUUGGCUUGACUAUUCUCAAGUCACAGGGGUACUGAACCAGAUGCAGGUGUCUGAACCUGGUGGUAAAGCAAACGUGUGCCUUCACUGGGUUGCUUUCUGCGGCGAUGUCGAGACACAGCCUGACAUUUCGUGGCGAGUCUCUGUUAAAGCCUCCAAGAAAAUCAUGCCAUUUGAGCCUCUACUUCGCGUGGCUACUCAGCACGGGCAAUAUGAACUGCACUUGUCGUCUGAAAAUGCCGAAAGAGGCUUUCUCGAAACUGCCAUCAGCCAAUGA